AUGGCUGAGGCAUUCGCGAUCAUUGGUCUCACAUCGAGCAUACUCAAAUUUAUCGAGUUCGGCCUCACAAUAACCUCUGCUUCUCGCACCAUCUAUCGAACAGAAGAUGGUAAGGUGCCUGGAAUUCAGGAGCUGGAGAGAGACCUGGAUGAGAUUGAUAGAAGGAACCAGGAAGUCUUGAAUCGCAACACGACUAGCCCGCUGUCCAAAGCGGAACGCCAAAUAUUUUCUACCGUUAAGGACACGGACAAGAUAUCUGACGAUUUAAGAAAACUGGUUGCAAGGCUGGCCAAAAGACCAGCUGCAAAAUCUAAAGCCUGGGAAUCUAGUCGGAUCGCGAUUCAAGCCGCCAUGAGUCGAAACGAGCUAGAAACAUUGAGGCAACGCUUACAAAAACAAGACAAGAAGAUAAGAGAGGGCUUGCGAUCUCUUCUAGAGAGAGACCGCCAUUCGGAACUAAUGGAACAGUUGUACUCUAUCCAGCGAGCCCAUAUUGACCAUUAUAUCAAUCAUGAUAUGAAAUUUGAAAACCUUCAACGACAGAUUCUUGAAAUAACCGGCAGCAUAGAAGGAACUCUGGACAACUUAGUGGCUCAGGUGACGAGUCUCCGAACUAAGAUGGAAAGCCUCAACAGUGAGGCGGAGCUAUGCAGGAAGCAAGCCAGGGUGAUUAAAAGCCUCCACUUCACUGAAAUCCAUCGACGAUGGGAUAAAAUUGAUGACGCUGCCGAGAAUACCAAUGCUUGGCUCUUUCAUCCAUCGGAAGUUUCUUUCCCUUCCUGGUUGGAAUCAGACAGCAGGAGCAUGUAUUGCAUUGCCGGUUUGUGCUUGUGUGGGCAGCCUGGGAGUGAAAAGUCUACGUUAAUGAAAUAUGCAUAUGACCAUCCAUAUACGAUGCUUGGGCUUGAAAAAUGGGCAGGCUCAUCAAGGCUUUGUCUAGCAGCAUUCUCCUUCUGGAACCAAGGAUUUGAAAUGCAAAAGUCCCAGGCUGGGCUCCUACAGUCACUCCUCUAUCAGAUCAUGAGACAAAUUCCUAGCCUCGUGCCACUUGUUGAGGAAAGCAAGCAGCUCCACGAGAUUUGGCAUUUCAGUGAACUGAAAUCACUGUUCGCUCAGAUCAUGUCGGAGACUGCACUCACGACCAAGUUCUGUUUCUUCAUAGAUGGACUCGAUGAAUAUUAUGGGAAUGAGGAAGAUAUAGCCAAGCUGCUUUGUUUGAUCAGCGAAUCACCUCACAUCAAGAUAUGUGCUUCCAGCCACCCUCGCACUGUGUUUGACAAGACACUUAGGUCUGGACAGUACUUUCUUGCUAUGCAAGACUUCACGAAGAAUGAUAUGAGAAACUACGUGCGGACGAAACUUCGAGAAAACUCUGAGUUCAAAGCCCUUGAAAAGUUAGACCCGGACUGCACAACUGUGAUGGACAAAAUCGCCGAGGAAGCAAAUGGUGUGUGGCUCUGGGUCUACUUGGUUACAAGAGACAUUAUACGUGCCGCCAACCGGAAUGAAGGGCCGCGGAAAUUCCACGAGAUCGUCGCAGGGUUUCCUCGCAAAUUAGAGGAAUAUUUUGCGCUUAUAAUAAGCCGAGUCAAUCCCGUUAAUCGCAAGGAGAUGGCCAGAGCAUUCCUUGUCACCAUUUACGAGGUACAACCUUUACCACUUUAUGCAUUCUAUCUUCUCAAUAAAGAGGAGGAAAAUGCAGAAUAUGCGAGUGAAGAACAAGUCUGUAGUCUUUCUGAAUCCGAGGUCCGAAAGAUCGGUCAGACUUGGAAAGCAAGGACCCAUAAUAGAUGCAGUGACCUUCUUGUGGACGAAGGAGAGCAUCCUGUCUUCUUGAUCCAGCCGGUAGACUUUCUCCACCGGACAGUUCGUGAUUUCUUCGAGAUUGGUUCCAAGACAAACUCGAAGAAGAGCUAA